CUUGAGGGCAACAGAUUUGCGGAUUUUGCGGAUUAAAUUUGUAAUCAUAUUACAAAGUGAAGAUCUAUGUGUGAAAUCAGAGCCCAAAAACCCUCGCCGAGGUCGAAGCGUGGAUCUGUAGAGAAGUGAAGAAGUAGAAUUACCUCAAAGAGGUUAAGUUUAUUAUUUGAAGCUCACUCUUCAGGGCUGGAGUAAAAUUCUUUGCGAAGAUGCGUUGGACAAUUUUUCUCGUGUUUGUUUUAUAUUUCACAGCCACAGAGGAAGCUAUCGCAGGUAAGCUAGUCGAGUAGAGAUUAUUCACACUUUUCUAUCCGUUUUCAAGGUUUUGGUGUCGUUCAAGAGAGGGAAAAUCCGUGAAUUCUAUAGCUUUCCGCAAUGCAUUUGAAAUAAGUGCUUCGAUACGCCGCCACGAUUGAAAACAGGAAUCAGGGUAGAUUUCAAUUCCACUUGACGGCAAAAAAUGUUCCUCGUCCCGUACAGCGGGUGGCAAUUAAGCCGCAGUUAUAGCUAACAUAAGCCCCUUAUAGGAUAGAGAAACUUAAGUUUGACGCCUCUAAACGGCUAAAAAAACGAAAUUGCUGUAUUUAUUAAUACUAAGAAAUUCGUAGGGCCAUGAAGCAUUCCUAGAUAGUUGGGUGAAACAUGGCCGGAAAACCGAAGACUGUUUCCCCAUAGCUUAAGGCAGUCUUGACGUAUUUCAGUUUGCUUUUCUGAUUAAUCCACUAUCGCGUCCUCCCACAAGUACCAGUUUUGAUUAAUACCUCUAUUUAGCUCUCCUAAAUCACUUGUAUUCUCACUGAGUUCGUAUCCAAAUGAGAUGAAAUCUGAAGUCGGGAUUUUUUCAUGUUACAGCACGAGAAUGUGCGGUUAACAAAAUAUUUGUGGGUCUUAAUUCACUCUCUCUCCUUGCCAAGACUUUAUUGUUAAAUUAUCUGAGUGAUCUUAGAACGAGUAGAGUUAUUUUUCGUUCUCUAACACUAUCUCACUUUGAAAUUUGUGGCAUAUAACUUUUAACGAGGAAAAUAUUAAUGAUUUAUGUCCAUGUAGGCAAGUUAGGAAAGUGAUUGUUCGUUUCGUAUAAACGCAGCUAGUAUUGUAGUCUCGUCUUGCAAACUGAGCAUUGACUCCCUUAACUAUAUUUAAAUAAGUUAAAGUACACUUCUUCUGUUAUAAAUUAUUGAAUCAUUUUCAUUGAAGCCAGUGCGUAAAUGGUGAAAGGAACCCGAUAAGAUAUCUGUGAUACACGUCAGCCAAACCAUUCGAUCAAAGUAACAAACCUGGGCCAAAAUGCAAAAUACAAACCCGAGUUUUAGUCAGUUUUUAAAUGGAUCCAAUCAAAUUUAGUCGCAGAUCGAAGUCCCUGGACUUUCUGUCUUGAUCGGACAUCUUUCACACGUGAGUAAAACUGAGUGAACCGUUGAAAUGUUUCACUGCUGACAAUACGAGCGUUUAACCUUCGCGGCAUGCUUUUGUUUAAGGGCGUUGUGGUGAUAGUUUUCAUUGAUCAUUCUCUUAACAACUUAAACUGGACAGAAAUACAGCUCUUGCAGUAUUAUGGGUUAACAGUCGAAACUGAACAUCUCUGCUUUGAAAUGAUACAAAUGUACUGAAAGACCGCAGGAACAGCGGCACGAAAACAGAUCCGAGUGAAGCUGUAGAUGUACUUGUCGGUUACUUGUCUGAAAAGCUAAUUGACACCAGACUAAAGCUUAAAAUGUGCACUUUUGACUAAUCAAUAAACUUAUUGAGGUUGUUGUGUGUUUCGAAAGAAUAGCGAUGAUUUUUCCCACUAAAUCGCCUGCAUUGAGAGGAAUAGGGUUCCAAAACGUUAUAAGAAGACACAAAGAAAUCGUGUAAAACGAGGGCUUUUGGUCAGCCCUCUAUGUGUAAUUAGCUUAUCGCUUAAUCGCAGGUAUAUGGGCGAAGUUUGGAAUAUUUCAGCUAGCUAACAACAUCUUAGCUCGCAAUAAAACUGCCAGUCCUCACUGAACGAAAUUUACCUAAUACCUCUAGAAACAACUGUUUCAUUUCAAAAUUUCGCUCUAAGAAUGGCCGAAACUGUUGUGCGAUGAUUGCAGCCUUUGCACGGCCGCAGUUAGAAGAAACACAAAAACUUUCUGAGACACGCGUCGUCCUUUAUCAGACAAAGUUUUAAUCAAACGGGUCCUCUAUGAAAUACCCACCAGUUAAAUCACUUUUAAGACGAUUAAAUCAGUUCACCAGGCCCUAGAUGUUGAGCAUUGCUCCCGUAAACAGGCCUCUUGUUCUGUGAUCAAUCGAUCAGCAUUGAGUUGUCGGCUGUCCAGAGUGAUGAAUAGCUUCAGACAGGUCAUUAUUUUUCAUUAGCAGUUAAUUAAUUUACUUUUGACAGUUUCCCCCAGCUCGCUAUUGUUGUAAAGUAAACACUCUGACUCGGAAUUGAAUACCCUCCAAGCUAUGACCAUCCGUUAACAUAAGAAAGUAGGGGAGAGUGGCUCAAUGGCAUUGAGUGCCCGCGACAACUGUUCCCCAAAUUAGCGAGGAGAAAAUAAGAAUUUUUCAAAUCUAUUACGGAAACUGUAAUAUUUAAUUGAGAAAACAUGUGUAGAAAGAUCAGGUUUCUUCGUGGACCACUGAUUUAGAAACACAUCAGCGGUGACUGCCAACAAUGACUGAAAUUUAAGAAUAAAGUACCCGUAGAAACCUUUAUUUUUACGUCUUCUUUCUGUUGCUCUCACUCUUCCACAGUAAUGAUCUCGGCAGGAGCACUUAUCAUUUUGUAAUUUUGCUUCUUUCCCAGAAACUUUCUUUAGCGUAUCGAUUUUGAAAACUUUCAAGCGGUAGUCUCUCAUUACGUUGACAAAACCAUUUUUAAUUGGCGUUGCUUUGAAACAGAAGAGCAGUUAUUCAACAAUUAAGCCCUACACCUGCGACAUUCUUCGCUUGCGGAACUGGUUUUGAGUAAGAUAAGAGGAGUUAAACAUAUGGUCAUCUGUGUGCAAACUGAGAUAGGGUCACAGCAAAAAAUGCUAAUUAGUCAGCCUCGAUUCACAUUUUUAGAUGACUGCUACCUGACCAACUCAUCACCGGCUUGUUCGCUCACUGACUCGCGGACUGACUGAAUGACUAACAAGUAGACCAUGCCACUGCCGGUGACUUUUACAUCCCUCCUAAAUCAAAAAAGAAGUAAGACGAGGCUUUCUAUUUUUUUCAGGUUGCUCAUCGCCUCUUGGCUUGGCGUCAGGCUCAAUACAUGACUCGCAGCUUUCGGCAUCUACAUCCAUGAGCGACUGGUUGCUGCCGUCUGAAGGACGACUUCAUAACAAUUUGUGAGUAUCAUCAGCACAAUAGUAAACUACAUUCUGAUUUGAUGAUGUUUUAUACGAUGUGGAGAGACUAAAGAUACAUUAAAUGGUUCCAAAAGUCUGCACAACUAAUUCAAUACCUAAGAAUUGCAUCUGAUUGGUUGAGGAAGUGGCGCGAGUCUUCUGGAGUCAGUGCAGCACGAAGCAUGUUAGGCAAAACCAAUGGAAUCAUGGAUUACUUCCGGCACUCAAUUGAAAAUUUCUCUGUCGGGUAUCCAAUUCAAGUAUGAAAAGAAAUUACCCAAUGUAAAUAGAGCAAAAGCAAGAGUUGAUUUAGAGAGCCAAAACGAACUUGCAACUAUUUCUGGCGAAGGUGUCAUGUGGCUCGAUAAAACUAACUUUUCUGGCACAAUAAAAGCAGCUGAACAGCAGCUGUCUUUUCAAUACAACAGAUUAAUGCCUUAACAUGAUUUCAUCCUAGAACGUCGAACUCAUUCGGGGCUUGGUGUGCAGAAGACGUGGACUUGGAUCAGUGGUUUCAAAUUGACUUACAGAGGACAACAAACGUGUCAGCUGUAGCUUCUCAGGGAAUUGACAUCAUUAUGGCUGGUUACUGGGUGGCGUCAUACUCUUUGAACUACAGUUGCGAUGGAAUCAAAUGGCAUUCUUAUGCCAUUCAAGGAGUACCUGUUGUAAGUAACAAUAAGUUGCGAGAAACUCAGUAAAUAUGGAGGACUGGGACUAGCACGCUUUACUUCUGAUAGACCUGGGUUCUAGUACUCUCACAGUAUCUUUCCUUGUCGUGGAGUAUAAAUGGGCGUCGGCAUUGUCAGGAAAUCAUGAUGAGAUUUUGGGCAAAAGGUCGGGAGGUGGUGAUCUGCGAUACACCAGCAUCUUAUUCAUUCCAGGAAGAGUAGCAAUAAUCGUGGUCGUUUCACGCAAUAAAUGUUAGAUAACAUUCGGUUAAAUGGGCCGCUUAGCUCGAGUACAGACUCAGUAAUGACUGUGUUCGACUUUUUUUUUUGCAGAUAUUUCAGGCAAAUAAUGAUUCUGAUAGUGUGGUAACGAACACGCUUUCACCUUCCAUAUUGGCUCGGUUCAUUAGAGUGUUGCCCUUGGAAUGGAAUCAGCUGGAAACCAUUUGUCUGAGACUGGAAUUAUAUGGAUGCGAAACAAGCCAAGGUAACAGGAAAAAAGCGAAGAUCAAUCCAUUGAGGAUUGGAUCAUCUACUUUUUAGAGCAUAAACGGUGAAUGGAAAUUAUUCGUCAAGGAAGGUCCUAGAAAUAAUUCCAACGGCCAAUCAAGUUCAAAGUGAAAAACUCAGUGUUCCAACGAAGACCUUAACAAGCCGGCAUAAAAAAUCAUGACCAAGCGCAGAAAAAUUUUGUGACCAAAUUUUCUACAAGUCAGUGUUUUUUGUGCAGAAAAAACUGUUCUUUAUAUUAACCGACAAAAACAUGAUACCCUUCUAUUUCAGCCUGCCCACACCCUACCAAGGCUACAAUGUCACCAAGCCAGGCAGCAGCAGACUCUUCUUCAGUAACCAAGGCUCCAUUAACUGGUUUGCCUCCGAAAUUUUCAACGCUGAGUUCUAAGACGGGGAACAGGUCACGUAGCACUGACAGCCUAGCCACUGAUACAAAUACAAUUCCCAUCGGUAAGUUGAUUGCUUCGGUGAAGUCCUCAGUAAAUGCUUUUGGCGCUGUUUUUUCUACUGACAACUUUUCACGGUCAUCUGCUGAACUAACGUGAAAUUAUUUUCUAAAACGUCCGCUAGGUUGAACCAAAUGCAAUCUACACGGACCUGUUUGUAGAAAUGAUAUGUUCUCAACAACACCGUGACGUAUUGAAACAAAAAUCUGUCCAGUGCUUUCUAGUCUUGGGGUUUAACCAAUCUAUGAGGCUUCACAAAACUAGAGUUAACAGAAAAAUUGCUAAACGAGUCUCCCACAAUUCAAUUAAAGUGCAAUAAUUCAAGUCAAGCUUGCAUUAUAAUUUUCAAAGUGUCUGAUUUAUUUCUCUCACUACGAUUCUCCACAGCAUGUUCUUAUGCCCUUGGAAUGCAGUCUGGUGCGAUUAACGAGUCGCAAAUAAAAGCUUCCUCUUUCGACAGUGUUUGGACCCGACCAUCGGAAGCACGACUUCAUAAUCAGUGGUUUGUUAAAUAAUUUGUUACUUGAAAAAGUGUCUUUCGAGUUGCCAGUCGAUCAGAGCGUCUAGUUGGCAUCCUUGGUUUGAUAUAUUGAACCGACUUAUAUAUCAGGACUAAGUACCGAUAAUUGAUUUUUUUUUCAAAGUUAGCUCGUGCAUUAACCUAAAAACUGAUAAAAAUCUUCACCAAUGAAGUUAUUUAAAUGAUAACGUACCUCUGAAUGUAUAAGAUAUUUACAGCGGGAAAUCUCAUUUGCUAGUAACCAAAAGUUUUUUUUGAGUCUAAAUCCAAAGAAAGUGGAAAAAUACUUAACUGCUCGGAGUCAACUCUAAUCAUACUUAUGCUGGACCAUAAGGUGGCUGAAGAAAAAGUUUUCUCCCCAUGGAUUGUAAGCUUCAUUCCUAUAGGAUAUCCACGAAACUUUCUGAUCAAGCUGUUCUCACUUUCCCCUCUCCUUGUUUCUCUCCAGGAGCCUUAACCAUAGAUCUCUAGGGGGUUGGUGUGCAGCAGACGCGGAUAUGAAUCCUUUCUUACAAGUGGAUCUGUUAAACAACUCUAUUGUCACCGCAAUAGCCACACAAGGUGUCCCAGCAAAUGGAAACAUUGCGUUGAGAUACAAACUUAACUACAGCUGUGACGGGAUAACUUGGUUUGAAUAUCAAGAAGGAACGGUGAGUGCUACUCGUGACAUGUCUUAGUAUAAUCAAGAUCAUCUCUUGUGUCGUCAAUAAAACUGCCUUUGAGCUUACACUGUAUCAUUCAGAUCAAUUGAUUGGGCAUGAUUAAUUUAGAAUACCUCGUGUAUUGUUUGGAUAUUCAUGUGAAGAAUGAGAGCACGUCCCUUAAGUUGAACAUGUGAAUCCAAAUACACGGUGCCGCAAAAUUUAGCCACGUCUACAUUCUUCGAGAUAUUCGUAAAAGAGUUUGACGCUAAACAAGCUGCCAUAUUGGGAUUAUCUUAGAGCGGAGUAACGUUUCGAGAUUUCAAGAGCAAUCAGAUAGUAUGUGCAGAUAAGAAAAACCAACACAAUCCUGGAUCCCUUCGACGCUAAAUUGAAAUAUAGUUCUUCAUAGGAUAUUGGUUUUUCCUACUCUUAUCCUGCUUGGCCAGUAACGUUUUCAGUAACAAACUGUUUUGGAUCAUGUACUUUGACCGACACUCACAUGACAUUAUUAUCUCCUCAGAUAUUUGAAGGUUAUCGCAAAAAUUUGCGGGCUCGACAAAACAAGCUACCAGUGCCCUUUAGAGCUCGGCUCGUGCGAAUUCGACCGCUUCUCUCCAGGCAGUACGAAAUACCCUGUGUGAGACUAGAAAUCUAUGGAUGUAGCAUGGCUAAUUCCGGUAAGUGUAGCACUUAUUUUCUAGUUACUGGUCAAUGACAUCGCACAAGGGAGUCAUUUCAAAUGUUACUGUCUUUACAAAUACACUGCGCAUCACCUAUUAUUUAAGGAAACAGAGGGAAAUUGCUUUUUCUCAAUGAAUUAUGACCCGUCUUUCUUUCUUUUAGAUAAGACAGAAAAUCGACAAAAAGUUAUGAAAAUUAUUCAGCUAAACGAAUUCACCAUGAGCUUUGAAGAUAAAUCAAUAAAUUAAAUAAUUGAGCAAUCAAUCAAAUUUUUUCUUCCCAAUUAAUGGAUCAUUAAUCAUUCAAUAAAUCAAUUGAACUGGCAGUGAAGAGUACUUUUAGAUUCAUUGUCCUAAAACCUAACCCAAAGUAAUCACAGCGGCCAAUCAGAAAGGAGAAUAUCCCAUGAAGUCGAGAAGUCAAGUUUGUAUCCGAUUGGUCAUAAGUGUAAGCAAAGUUUUGUAGACUAUCCGCUGCGCGUAGUGAAGAAUCGAUGCCAUUCCGAUAUAAGAGCGAAAAAUCUCACUUUUUCGAGUAAGGUUUUUUAAGAGAGAUAAGUAUUCAAGGGACUUAACUCACCAGUUACCGAUGAUUAAUGGUUGAAUUUAUGACUUCUUUUUGACGGAUGUGUCAUGGUUGUUCAUUGUUGUGUUCAUUUUUCAGUUUGUGGAACGAAGAAUCAACUAAACACCACGAUAAAUCCAGAUCAACAUUCCACACAGGAUACCAAGGCCAGAACAACACAUAAGACAACAUCAAGACUGAAUCUAAGGCCUACAAGACCAAAGGACAUGAUUGUAAUUGUGCGAGAUCAUCCAAGUAACGACUCGUUAGGUUAUAACUUUAUGCCUUCUUCAACAGAGCAACGUCACAUUUUCAGUUUAUCACUUCCUCUAACUCUAAGUUUUCUCCUCGUAAUACUGACUCAGUGAUUACUAAUGACAGAUUCCUGAUCAACUUUCUUUCGGAACGGUAGAAACCUUGUGAAAAAGUAUGUUAAUCAAGAACUGGAGGCGGGGGUCUGGAGGUGUGUGGACUGAGUAGCGUCACAAGCCAGAGAAAGUUAACUGGAGUCUGGCGACGGCCAACAUUGUAGAUAUUUCCAGUUAAUAAUUUAAGCCUGUUACGUUAGCGUGGAAAGGAGAUGAAGGGUGGAAAAUUCGCCUAGCCUGCGGAACAGGCGUAAUUUUUUUUGCGUUAAGCAGGUGAACGGAGACAAGCGAUAGGCGAGCGCAAAGUGCGGGUGACGAGCGAGGGAAGGAGUGCGAUUCUUCCUUUAUUACGCCUUACCUCCGAUCGACAAUUCACUCGAGCGUGAAGCACAAUUCCAACGAUCCAGCUUUACGCUCUCUUCGCAUUUCAUGCGAAAAUAUCACUUUCCCCUCACCCUCCUCUUUGGGCACUAGAUCUGCCGGCUAACUAAGAUAAGAGCUUACGUUUUAGCUUUAUGUAAAUACUAAAAUUGCUCGGUAAAAACAAAUUUAAGUCGAUAUUAUUUAUUGUUGUAAAGCGUACCCUUCUUGCUUUUACUCUCAUUGGUUACAAAUGGGUGAAUAUUAUUCACCGUUCGACGUAAUGGGCUCCUGCCGCUCGAUCACUCUGAUAAACAAGAUAAACAAGAAACCACGUUCCGUAUUGAUCGGAAAUUAAUUGACUGAAUUACUCUUAUAUUCAAAACACCAAGACGCACAUAGGAAAGGCAGAAACGUGUAGUUUUGGCGUCAUGUCGAAGUGUAAAAUCUGCGCUUGAAUUUAAUUGCUUCCAACUCUUAUUAAGGGUGAAUAGCAGCAUCACAAUUUCGAAAACAACAAACCCCCUUAAUUCAAGAGUACCUCGGAAAUUUUUAAAUAAAGAGUAUUUUUCAAUUCUGAAUCGUGACAGAGUUAUUAUCACGCCAUUUUGUUACAAAGCUCAACAUCACAUGGGGGUAAGAGCUGAAAGUAAAGAACUGAUAAGAACUCACAAUAAAUUGAAUCUUUAACAACCUCAAACGCGGGAAAACGCAGAUGAUCACGUUGGGAUUGUUUUGAACAUUACUUGGUCGGGGCACAGUGAAGCACAAUAAACACAGUGAAGAAAACCCAAUGCCAUGGUCUAGAGUUAGAGGAGUGCUGAUAAGCGUUAUUACCUCUACUCAAAGAGUUUGACAAAAACCCAAGCCAAAGCGGGCAAAAGUGCUUCAGUAGCUCUCUGCCGAAUUACGUGACUUCGGCUUUACGGUUUCACCGCACCUCUUCCAAUAAGCGUCC